CAACACCUCGCCUUGACCUAGUUCGAGAGAUCAGUGGCGAUAACGUUGCUCAGACCUUGGAAGCUGCCAGUGCGUAUGCUGAGUUUGUCGAGGACGUAAAGGAUCCAAAAAGCAACAGACGAAGAAGAAGAGGACAUGAACGGCAUGCACGCUGGUAAUAUGCCCGCCGCCAUGGUUGGCCUCCCCACACCGGCAGGGCACCAAGCCGAGCUAAAUUACAUCUACGGCCUGGUCGAGGAGUUGAGUCGACAACUUGCGCAGAACCAACGCGCCCUAGAGGAGGUAGUCUCAGGCGUUGGUAAAGUGCGUGGGCGGGCAAGGUCACAAUCUCUCACCAAUGACGAACUGCUCAAUGCCGCAGGGGAAGAACUCAAGAACCAAGAUGAAAACAUAGACCAACUAGUGUCCAUUCUCACCGAGGCCCUUGAAAAGGCCAAGUUCUCCCGGGACGCCAACGCCGCCCUUCUUUCACAGUACUCACAAGUCAUGUACACCAUGCUCAAGAAGUUUCACGAGUACAAGGCUAAACAUGUCCAAGAUGUGGCAGCCUGGCACCACUCAUACCGCGCCCAACUAGCCGAGGCGCGCGCCGAGAAUUGUCGACUCCGCGAGCAGAUUUGGGAAAUGCAGGCGCAUGCCGGCAAGGCCAACGAGCUUGUGCGCAAGUUCCGCGCCGAGUACGACAAGGACGAAAAGCGAUGGGAGCGUACGGUGGAUGCCAAGGCCAUGAGGCAGGAGCUACGGUUCUGGAAGAGGAUGGCGAUGCCGGAGCUGCCGGAUGACGAUGAGUUCUGGAGUGAUGACGACGAUAUCAUUGAUAGAGCUGAGAAGGAGAGGCAGAAGGAACUGCAGAAGUUGGAUGCUGAGCAGCAGGCACAGGCUGCUCAGGCUGUUGCGGAGGAGGCGGCUGCGAAAGAGGCUGCUGAAAGUAGUGGUUUGGGAGAGAUGAGUGGGAGUAAUGGUUCUGGCGUGACGGGCGUACCGCCGGAGGUACCACAGCCGCCAGUUUCCUGAUCGUACGGCUUGAGCCCGUAAACUUGGUCAUCUGUUUUUCGUGUUCAGCGGCGUUAUCGGGGGAUACUUCUGCAUAUAGUAUCUAUGAGUGGGAAAGUGUGUAUACAAUCAGCUCGUAAGCGACUAAUACAAGCGCAAUCACAAUACCCUUGAAGUGUAACUGGUGGAGUCCUAGAUGCUUCAGGUUUAAUAGACCACGUGGAAGGAAGAGACAAGGCGUUUGGUUUGAUCUAUGUCC